AGUGUCUAAGUAGCCAAGGGGGAGGUCUUUUGCUCCACCCAUGGGCAUUGUUAUAAAUAGACCUUUGGAAUAAAGUUCUGGGCCGGUGGAUAAGGAUCCAGGCCCACUCGAGUCUAUCCUGUGUUUUCUCUCUGUUUCUCUUCCUCACUAUUUCUAACUAAGUCUCUUAUCCCUCAAUCCUCAAGAGUUCCUGGGGUAAAUAAGUGUGGGGGCUGGUCUUCCAUACUCUCCAGAAGAGGAAAAGAGGAAACAAAAGAAAAAGCAUCUGGUACAGAGCCCCAAUUCUUACUUCAUGGAUGUGAAAUGCCCAGGAUGCUAUAAAAUCACCACGGUCUUUAGCCAUGCACAAUUGGUAGUCUUGUGUGUUGGCUGCUCCACUGUCCUCCGUCAGCCUACAGGUUUUGGAAAAGCAUGGCUGACAGAAGGAUGCUCCUUCAGGAGGAAGCAUCACUGAAAACACCUGAUUCAAGAUGAGUGGGAACCAUCCCAAUAAACACAUUUUGGAUAUAUUUAAAAAAAAUACAGGU